UCUAUUUCACAAGCCAUUUUCGUACAAGAGUCACUCUGUUCGGGUUAACGCGAAAAUCCUCAAGGACACGGAGCAUGGAAAAAGGACACCAGAGCAGGAAGUUUUCACGCACGAGCUUUAUGGCAAACUAGGAUCUCUGCUCCCAAUAGAGGCUCUCCAACUGUGAUAUACGAGAUUCAAGUAUCCAAUACACUUAGUUAGUUCAAAUUAAAGGAUUCUCCCGGACUCCCGGACGAGUGCAAGAUGUUCCUCAACAUAUUCCAAUCGGGCAUCUUUCAGAGGCAGUAUCGCCGCCAACUUUUGGUCUCUUUGAGUGCCACGCUGAUAACGUUCUGCCACGGCAUCGCUUUGGGUUGGCUCUCGCCCAUGCUGCCCCAGUUGCUGUCGCCCGCGGACACGCCCUUGACCUUCUCCAUCGACGUGCACGAGGCCUCCUGGCUGGGUGCCGUCAUCAGCAUUGGCGGGAUUACUGGAAAUUUCUCCUUUUCCUACCUAAUGAAUCGCUUCGGCCGGAAAGUGUCGAUUUAUGCCCUGGCCGUGCCCCACACGUGCAUUUGGUUCCUGUUCUACUUCGCCCAGAGCAUCGAGUGGUUGUAUGUGGCCCGGGUGUGUGCCGGUCUAACUGGCGGUGGCAUGUUCGUGGUACUACCAAUUUUCAUCGGUGAAAUUGCUGACAACAGCAUUCGUGGUCGCCUGUGCUCCUUCUUCACCCUCACCAUGAACACGGGUAUAAUGGUUGGCUUUGUGGUGUCCUCGCACAUCGCCUACCACGUGAUACCCUGUGCCGUGGUGGGUCUGCCCGUCCUCUACGUGUUCCUGGCCACUCGGUAUCCCGAGCCACCGCAGCAGUUGAUUAGGUGGCAGCGCGAGGAGGAGGCUGAGCGAUCUUUGAGGUUCUAUCGCCGUUGCGAUGGCCCCAAUGUGUCCAAGGAGGAGGAGCGGGCUUAUCAGAAGCAGUUCGACGAGAUGCGACUGGCCAUCCGGCAGCAGAACAAGGAUUCCGACGACCAGGCCCUCUCCAUUUCGGAUUUCCUUACCAAACGCUCCUUGAAGGCCCUGGCCACGGGUUUGGUCCUGAUGAUAGCCAACAUAUUUACGGGCACCUUCGCCUUCAACAACUACAUGUCCAAUAUCUUCGAUGCGGUGCACACCCAACUGGAUCCCAACACGAACACGAUUAUUAUCGGAGCAGUCCAGAUUUUGGGUACAUUGGCCAGCAUCUAUUUGGUGGAUCGCUAUGGCCGUCGGAUCCUGUUGAUUGUGUCGUGUGCUGGCAGUGGAAUCGGCACAUCCGCCUUUGGAUUGUACGCCUUCUAUGUGGAGGAGGAGAAGGUGGAUCUGUCGGCCUACUCCGCCUGGCUGCCCGUCACCCUGAUGGCCUUCAUCAUAUUCAUAGCCAAUGUGGGCGUCAUUUCGGUGACGAUGGUGGUUCUGGUGGAGAUCCUGCCGCACAAGAUCCGGGCGGUGGCCACCAGCUUCUGUCUGGGCUGCCUCAGCUUCUUCGCCUUCACCUCGCUGAAGACCUUCCCGCUGAUGAUGUUCCACCUGGGUCUGGCGGCCACCAUGUGGUUCUGUGGCGCCGUCAGCGCCAUCUGCCUCUUCUACGUGGUGGUCUGCCUGGAGGAGACCAAGGGUCGCUCUAUUUAUGACUAAACCCCCUUGCGAAUAAAGUACAGACUAACAAUUAUUA